CCAGUGAGAUUCCAGAAGCCCAAGCCUACAGCGGCUUUGUGUGGCUGCAGGCGAGGUGGUGUCUUCGGAUCUGGUGAGACUGAAACGCCGCUCCGUGAGUUCUCGGCUAGGUCACCACCUCUCCCUCCCGACCCCGCCAUGGCGACAUACAGCUGCAUCACCUGCCAGGUGGCGUUCCCCUACUCGGAGAUGCAGCGAUCGCACUACAAGACGGACUGGCACCUCUACAACCUGCGGCGCAAGGUGGCCAACAUGGCCCCGGUGACCGCCGAAGGCUUCCAGGAGCGGUUGCGGGCGCAGCGAGCGGUAGCUGAGGAGGAGAGCAAGAGUUCAGCCACCUACUGCACGGUGUGCAGCAAGAAGUUCGCCACGUUCAACGCCUACGAGAACCACCUCAAGUCGCGGCGGCACGUGGAGCUGGAGAAGAAGGCGGUGCGGGCGGCGAGCCGGCAAGUGGAAAUGCUCAACGAGAAGAACCUGGAGAAGGGACUAGGCGCCGACAGCAGCGUGGGCAAGGAUGUCAUGAACGCGGCCAUCCAGCAGGUCAUCAAAGCCCAGCCGUCCACGUCCCCCAAGAAAGUGCUCUCCGUGUCCGUGGCCUUGUCCCAGAGGGCGACGGGCCGGCGGCGGGGCGUUCGGGAUUCGGAACACGCCGAGAAGCCGCCCAGGCUGCAGUGGUUCGAGCAGCAGGCGAGGAAGUUAGCGAAGCAGCAGUGGGAGGAGAGUGAACAGGAGGAAGAUUGGGAAGAUAUUGAUUCAGAUGAUGGAUUGGAAUGUGAGACCCCUGGACUGGAUGAUGAGGAUGCAGAAGCUGGGGAGAGCGCGCCCCCAGGUGCCAUCCCAGUAACAGACUGCUUAUUUUGUUCCCAUCACUCAAGCUCCCUCAUGAAGAAUGUGGCUCAUAUGACUAAAAUCCACAGCUUCUUUAUUCCUGAUAUAGAAUAUCUUUCAGAUCUGAAAGGACUUGUUAAAUAUUUGGGAGAGAAAGUCGGUGUUGGCAAGAUUUGCUUGUGGUGCAACGAGAGAGGCAAAUCCUUCUACUCUACAGAGGCUGUGCAGGCACACAUGAAUGACAAGAGCCACUGCAAGCUCUUUGCAGAUGGUGACGCGGCUUUGGAGUUCGCAGACUUCUAUGACUUUAGGAGUAGCUACCCAGACUACAAGGAGGAGCAGGACCUUGAUGAGAUUGAGGAGCUGUCCUCAGAAAAGACCUUGGAAUGGGAUGAUGAAACCAUGGAGCUGAUACUUCCCUCUGGUGCUAGAGUGGGUCAUUGCUCCUUGAUGAGAUACUACAAACAACGACUUGGCUUGUCAAGGGCUGUGACCACUGCUGGAAGCCAGAAGGCUGUGGGCAGGGCACUCCAGCACUCCCGAGCCCCGUGGUGGACGGGCAGCACAGGAGCAGCUUUUGUGCGGGAGCAGUCGAAGUGGAUGCUGAAGAUGGGGAUGAAGAACAAUGACACUAAGCAGAUGCACUUUAGGGCCCAGGUGUUGUUCUGAGGCUGAGACCGGAGAUGCUUCUCUGACUGCACUUUCCUUCUUGUCCGAUGACCAGUGAAGUCAGAUUGCAGAAUGGAUCUUUUGCUGUUACUUCAUUUGUUCUGAUCUAAUAAAGUCAGAAUCAUAACAAAAAACAUAAGCCGGGCCGUGGUGGCGCACGCCUUUAAUCCCAGCACUCGGGAGGCAGAGGCAGGCGGAUCUCUGUGAGUUCGAGACCAGCCUGGUCUACAGAGCUAGUUCCAGGACAGGCUCCAAAGCCACAGAGAAACCCUGUCUCGAAAAAAACAAAACAAAACAAAAAAAAAACAAAAACAUAAACCAGGCACCCUGUA